UUUUGGAAUUGGCCGGAUGUUGUCGUGUCGCUUGUACUGAGUCUGCGCGCGGUCUGCUGCUUUGAUUCUUCCGUGUUUUAUAAACUGUUCUCGACGCGGCUGUCGGCCUGAGCCAAAGCAUGGCAGACCCGGCCCGUGUGAAACCCGUCGCGAGGGUCAGCGAGGCACCCGCGCCUGCAGAGAGACCCAAGCAGGGCGAGGGGACCGGGGACGCUCCGGGGAGCAGCGGUAAAGUCUCUGAACCCGCUGCUGUCCAGACCUCUGCCAAAGAGCAAGGCAAAGCGAGGUCUGCUGAAGAUGCUGCUGCUGCAGCUGGUGACGAAGAAGAAGGAUCUUCAUCACUUCAUCCUCCUCCUGCUAAAAAACUGAAAGUGGAGCAUGACAAGAAGAAGGAGAAACGGCAGAAAGUCGAUGAAGAUGAAAUACAAAAGAUGCAAGUCUUAGUAUCCUCGUUCUCUGAAGAGCAGCUGAAUCGCUAUGAGAUGUACAGACGCGCUGCUUUCCCAAAGGCAGCUAUUAAAAGACUGAUUCAGUCCAUCACAGGAUCUUCUGUCUCUCAGAAUGUGGUCAUCGCCAUGUCGGGAAUUGCGAAGGUGUUUGCUGGGGAGAUUGUUGAGGAAGCUCUCGAUGUGUGUGAGAAGUGGGGAGACACGCCACCCCUGCAGCCCAAACACAUGAGAGAAGCUGUCAGGAGAUUGAAGAGCCGAGAGCAAAUUCCCAACAGCAAACACAAAAAAAUCCUCUUCCACUGAGCUCCAGUCCCUCUCUCGUGACUCUCCUUCUAUUUGAAAACACUCUCUAUUAGUAUUGUUUUGGGGGUAAUGGACAUAACCAUGCAUCUUUUUCAGAUAUCUGAUGUGUUUGGAAUACACUGUUGUCAACUUCGGUUUUGUUCAUUAAGCAGGUUUUGUUUGAUUUAAAGUAGAGGAUGUGGUAUACCUCUUGUUUUGUCCAGUCUGUCAUCUGGAGCAUGUGACGGAAUU